UGCGGACCGCCGGGUUCUUUCGCGCCUGUUGUUGCGCCCUAAAACCCAAAACCUUAGAUACCAAUGCCGGAUUACCAGUGUGAAGGCGCGAAGAAGAUGAAGAAGCCGAAGAAGAGAAAAUUAUCAACUUCAGGCGAAAAAGAAGUGCAUCCACGGCCUGCUAAAAACUUGCGCAGUGACACCUCGGAGCCGAAAAACAUAGCUUCUGUAGAGUCUGAAGUAGAUGGCAACAAAACAAGUUUCCACCUUCAAGAUGACCCGCCCUGGAGAAACCUGCAGCUCAUUCUCUCCCUGCAGAAUAAGGAUAUUUCUCUUUCAAUGUGCAGGAAGGUGGAACUUGCAUUUGAUUAUGUGGAAAAGAUGACAAUUGAGGGAGCUGAGGAAAGAAACCGAGAUUCAGAGUCAGUUAGCUUUCCCAGAACACUUAUUUUUCUCAAUAAUUGGGUUCAGACAGAGAUGAUAUCUUCUUUAAAAGGAAGCACUGCUCAAGGAACAUGCUUAGACGUCAGAUGUUGGAAGGUUCUUAGGUUCUGCUUGGAGGAAUCAAAACAGCUCAAUAUGGCGUUGAGCUUCUCAAGACACUUCUUACGGGUUAUUCAGUGUAUUUCAAGUCAUUUGUGGUCGCAUCUAAAUGCUGAAUUGAGUAAAGAGGAGUUUGAGUUUUACAAUGUUGUUCUUGAUUGUAUAUCAUCAGUCUUCUCAUCUCAUGGGGGAAUUUCCAAUGAAAAUUUGGACUUAUGGAUUUCAGUUAUUAAUACUGUGCUUAACCUCAUCCAAAAUAUUUUCACCUUCAAGCUUGAACACUCCAAGACGGGAACUUUUGUCUUGCAAUUAUCAUGUUAUGUGCAUGAACCAUUUGCAAAAUUUCUAAGGGUACAUCCAACAAAAAAGAACGGUUUUCGCGACUUUGUUGAUAAGCUUUUGGAGCCUCUGAUGCUUUCAUGGGAUUUGUUGCAUCUUCAUACCUGCAAAAGCAGUCCUCACUUGAUAUUGGAUCUUUUAAAGUUAAUUGAAGAAGUAUUGUCUCAUGGAUUGUUCCACCCUAUGCACAUUGAAGGAUUUUUUGAGCUGCAGAAUACAUCAAGCUAUAAAACACUGGAUGGUAAGGGUGUGGAAGUUCAGAAGGUGGUUAUUAAAAGUUAUCAUAGGAUUUUCUUUGAUGUGUUGGGGAAGACUAUUUCGAGGAAAAAUGCAUCAUCUGCAGGUGGUUUAGGAAUGCUGCUUCGCUUGUUUAUUAGUGGCAUCAGUAAAAACAAAGGACUUUCAGUUGGCAAAGAUGGUCCAAGUAACUCAAUUUCUGAAAGUUCUUCUACAAGUUCUUUAGUUUCUGGAAUAAAUUAUGCUCUUGGUCUGAAUGCUGAAACUAUGAAGCUCUCUUUUGACUUUUUUGUACAGAUAAUGGAAUAUUUUUUAUUAGAGUUUAAUACUUACUCGCAAGCUCAACUAGAGGAUGGGGCUAUGCUUCUUGAUGCUCAUUGCAAACUCAGAUCUGCCAAUAAACUACUUUUUGAAUUAUUGCAUGCAAGAGUCUAUGUACGGAUAGAGGACACCUCUGAGGGAGCAUGUCUCAAUUUCCUGAGAUUGGUUUAUGAUAGAAUCAUGUUACUUUCUUCCAAAAUUAUUAAUGUACUAGAAACAUCAUUUGCUUCAGAUAACAAUGGGGUGCUGGUUUUAAUAGUCAAAGAGCUGGUUCAUGCUGUGCAUUACUUGUUGGAUAUUGAUUAUGAAGCCAUUGAAGAUAAUCUUGAAAGGUUAUGGGGAACAGUGAUUUCAUUUACAACAUUUAGCUACUCUUUGGUGGAUGUGCCUGAUCAGGAUAAGUUAACCACGGAGAUACAAAAUCUGGGAUGUAAAGUGGUUCACCUCUAUAGCGAACUGAGACAGGUGAAUACACCCAUCUUUUCACUGUGCAAAGCAGCCAGAAGCUCAGUAUUACUUCCAGAAAGAAGCAUUCAACCAUAUAAAGCUUCUUUUAAUAAUUCAUUUAGCUUGUUCAUAUGCUGCCCCGAGUUCAGGCUUUCCAUUAGUAGUGCCAUCAAGUCCAUACCAGAGGGACAAGCUAGUGGAUGCAUCCGGCAGUUAAUAGCCGAUUUUUUAGAAUCAUUGGAGUGGAUAAAAACUACACCUGUGCUUCCUGCUGAAACUGACCAAAUAAAACAAGAUCUCCAUAAAAAUGACUUCCAAUGCUAUGAUAUGCAAAGUGAGUUGUUGGGAAGAAGUAUAUCUGAACUGUAUGUCCUGAUUCUUGACUCACUGACAGUUACCGCUGGAAAUUGUUCCCUAGUCAGCAUUUCCAUGAAGGAUUUGAUGGCACGAAUUAGCAAUAUUUUAAGGAGCCUAGUAUCAGAAAAGGUGAAUAGUAUUGAUGAGUUAUUGUCUGUUUUUAUGAGAACAAUCCUUGAUAAGGGGAGUGGAUCAGGAAACAGGGUGAUGUCAGCACACUGGAUUUUAGUCUUCUUCUUUCGUUUGUAUUUAUCUUGCCGAAGCUUACAACGUCAAUCUAUCAUUCUACUGGCGCCGGAUAUGUCAAAGAAGAUGUCAGAAAAAAUGGGGGAUUCAUUUACAGCAUACUCUGGAAAUGAGUGGCUAGAGAGGGCUGAUUUGUCAGAAGAAGGCUAUUUUUCUUGGAUCAUUAAACCUUCUUCUUCUCUUGUUUCUAUUCUAGAUAUUGUUUCUAAUAUUAAUCUUCAACUAGCUUCUAUGGAUUGCUCCCCCCUUAUUUAUGUAAUGAAUACCAUGGCUGUUCAGAGACUCGUUGAUUUGAAUCGACAGAUAAAGUCCAUUGAUUAUUUGUUUUGGAAGAUUGAAAAUCUCAACCAGCACAGGAUCAUAAAUGAUACUGUCUUGUCAUUCAAUAGCAAAAAGUACCACAAGUGGAAGAUGAUAGAGUCAGAUUUAAGGCAUGAGGCUGCAGCUCUCACUAAAUUCAUAAUGGGGUAUCUAUCAUUAGUGGCUAAGAGUCAGUUAUAUAUUCCCCCAUCUGAAGGUGCAUCCUCUGAGGACAUUUUUUCCAAAAACACAUGUGACAUUGGAAGAUGGAAUUUUGGUGUGGGAUCUUUGAAUGAGAAGACAUUGGCAUCUGCCUUGUGGUGGUUCCUUUGCCAAAAUAUUGAUGUAUGGUGUACCCAUGCUAGCAAAAAGGACUUGAAAAAGUUCAUUUCAGUUUUAGUCCAUAGCUCUGUUCCUUAUUUCAGCAAGGAGUUGAAUGAAAACAAAAUGCGCAUAAAACUGACAGCUACAAGGAAAGUCAACAUAAGUCUGACCUCAUUGGAAGUGUUAAGCAAUAGUGUUCUGUACGAACAAAGAUUUGUUCACAGGAAUAUGGCUUCAGUGCUGUGUAGGACAUUAGAGAAGUCUGUUGCAUCAUUGUAUUCUAGUUCGGAUGAUGCUAAUUUAAACUCCCCACCUGAUUGGAGAAAGAUUCUGGAUGCACUUGAAAUAUCAUCUACUGCUUCAAGGGACAGGAAUGGAAAGAGCUUGCGUUCAUUGUGGAUAAAGGCAUUAUCACAUGUACUGAUCCUGCCAGCUGAACAUUCAAAAAAGAAAUUAUCCUAUUUUAAUGAAGUAGAGUUCAGUAAUUGUCAGGGUGUGCUCAAUCUUCUGAGCUGGAUGCCAAAAGGAUAUUUGAGUUCAAAAUCUUUUUCCCGCUACAGAACCUGUAUUCUCAACCUUGAAUGGCUUGUAGUGGGUAGCUUAUUGGGAUUACGCAAUAAGCUGUCUUCAUCUGAUUGUUACAAGCUUCUAAAGUUGUUGUUGACCUGCCGGAGGACUUUAAAAUAUCUGCUAAUGGCAUCAUUUGAAGAGAGGAAAGAAGGUUGUCAGUCCUCCCUCAGUUGUGUGCUGUCAGAUGGUCCAUUUGCUUCAAUCUGGCUCAUGAAAUCGUUGUCCACUGUGAUUGGGUUUGAAAAUGCGUGUUUAGAAGGUUUUGCUUCUCAGGUGAAACAGUUGAUGUUUUCAUUAAUGGAUCACACAUCACAUGUGUUCUGGACUCUUAUUAAGGAUCAGUUCAAAUGUGUGAUUUUCUCAUUAACAUAUGCUGAUAAGCAUUGCGAAGAAAGUUCCAUUUCUUCUAUCGAACAUCAAGGCAUUGAUAUAGAUGAAUGUGAACCCCUUUCAGACCCCCCUUUCAAUAAGGAUGCAUUUAAAAGCAUUACAGUUAUUGCUGAAGCUUUGAGCGAACACAUAAAGAUGUCAUUUGACUCUAUGAAUGCAUUGUCUAGUGAAAAUAAUGUAGACUCAGCAGCGUGUCAAGAGUUGAAAAUGAUAUCAACAACAACCUCCUGCUUCCAGGGCUUUUUGUGGGGCCUUGCUUCUGCAUUGAAUGAUAUGGAUUAUGAAGCGCGCUGUCAAUAUGAUCUGUUAAAAAAUGAACAUAUGUUCAAAAUCAAGUAUUGCAUUGACAGGUGUACGUAUUUCAUAAAUAAUAGUGUACAUCUGCUGGUACUUGAAGGUGAUCAGUUGCCUCAAUGCUUGCCAGAAACCAAAAGUCUUGCCACUGAUGCAAUUAAAGAAAGCAAGUCUUUGCACACAAUCGGUGGCUCUAUAAUGAAUGAAGAAAGGAUUCACCAUUCCAAGUCAAUGGACUCGUGGCUUAUUGGCACAAGGGGUGGCUCCAGUAAAAUGUCUGACCAAAUAAAAACAGAUAUUGAAGCUCUUUUGGUUAAAGUGGGCACUGAAGAAGGAUGUGUAAAGAAAUCUUUGCUGCAGGCUGUUUUGAGGGGGGAAAAUCCUGAGGUAGCCUUUUGUCUGAGACAGCUAUUCAUUGCUUCUUCAGCUAUUUUGAGACUAAAUUUACAGAUCAACUGCACUAAGUUAUCUUGGAGUUUGAUUCCUUCUUUAAUUCAAAUUUCAGAGUUUCUGCUUCUGGAAUUUGCCAGUGUUAGAGAGUCACAAACAUUUUCUCUUGUUUGCUUAUAUGGGGUUGUGAAGUUUCUUGAAGAAUUAGGAAAAUACUUUCCUUUGUUGAAUCCUUCAUUCUCAAGGAAUUCAUACGUCAGUCUUAUAGACUUGCACUUGAGAGCAAUAGGGAAAUGCAUAUGUCUGCAGGGAAAGAGAGUUAGCCUAGCAAUAGAGGAGAGAGAAUCAAGUACUAAGGUGCUAGGCUUUCCUGUAGAACUUGAGCCAAAUGAAUCCCAUUGGACUUGCAACUUGGAUGAAUUAAAAUCUCAAUUAAGUAGCUCGUUCAGAGCUUUUGUUGGAAAAGCAUCUGAACUGCAUUUACUAUCCGUAGUUCAGGUUAUUGAGAGAUCAGUAGUAGGGGUGCAGGAAGGUUGCAUGGUAAAUUAUGAAGUGUGUACUAGAAGUGCUGAUGGGGGAAUGGUUUCCUCAAAUGUUGCUAGUGGCAUUGAAUGUUUAAAUAUGGUUCUGGAAUCAUCAACAGGGAGAAAGCGCUUAGCUGUGGUUAAAAGGCACAUUCAGAGCUUAGUUUCAUGCCUUAUAAAUGUGGUCGUGCACUUGCAAGGCCAAAACAUAUUCUGUACGAGUGAUGAUUCUAGUAAUUGUUGUUUUGCUCGUCCUGAUUCUGGCUCUGUCAUUCUCAUGUGCGUUGAGGUUCUGAUAAAGAUUUGUGCCAAAUAUGCCUUUUUCCAGCUAGAAAAGUACCAUAUUGCCCAGCUUUUGCGGCUGCCUGCGGCAAUAUUUUUCAAUUCUUUUCAGCUUCAUGUUUCUGGGGCCCCACUAGCUAGUUCAAAAGAACUACCAGGAGUUUCUGACAUUGGAGUGACUGAAUCUCCUAGAAGAGAAUGCAUCAAUGCCAUCUAUCAGCAAUUCAUCUUGAAGCUAUAUGCUGCUUGUUGUCGACUGUUGUGUACUGUUCUUAAGCACUACAAGAGUGAGACUCAAUGCUGCAUUGCCCUCCUUUAUGAUUCAGUUAGUAAACUUCUUCAUUGUCUGGAGAUGGACAAUGAUUUGAUUGGUAAAGCAAGAAGACAUUUAAUAAGGGAUGUACAAGAUGGAGUAAAAUGUGCCACCUUUCUCAGAAGAAUCUACGAGGAGAUUAGGCAACACAAGGAUGUCUAUCAUACCAACAGCUUUCAGCUACUGUCUAACUAUAUAUGGGUUUAUUGCGGAUAUGGUCCUCAUAAAAUUGGUAUAAAAAGGGAAAUAGAUGAAGCCUUGAGACCUGGUAUAUUCGCCCUACUUGAUAUUUGUUCAACAGAAGAUCUUAAGUAUCUUCACACCGUAUUUGGAGAGGGUCCUUGCAGAAGUGUCCUGAAAACUUUGCUUGAUGAUUACAAGCUAAAUUUCCAAUACGAAGGGAAGGUGUGAGACCUUAUUAUGCAUUUAUGCACGCAUGAUCCCUCGAGCAGAAAACUCUUCAGCCAUGCAGCCGAAGGCCCGAAAGCAGCAUCUCUUCUGUAUAGCGGGCAGAUGCAGUAAUGCAUGGUGCUCAUCUUAUAUAUUUUUAUGUAUUCAAUCACGAGGUUGUAUUUGAAUCAAAGAGGUUGUAAUGUAAUUUACAUCACAUGUCAACAUCCCAUUGUAUUAGAGCGUGUGUGCGUAAAAUCAAUUUAUCUUUUGCUUCGUUUGUUGUUGACUCAAGACUAAAAAUUGGGUUUAGAGAUGCCAUAUAAACUAUAUAAAAAAUCAUUAUCAGAAGCAACUCUCAG